AUGAUAGUGCACAUAACCUCGGCACUUGUAUGCCUUUGCACUGCUGUGUUUGCGGAACAAGCUCAUGUAACUUACGGUGAAAUUGAGGAUUUUACCAAAUAUCAAGACCAAACGUUAAGAUGGGCGCCGUACCGAUCGAACUGCUACUUCGGGAUCAGACCGCGGUUUGUGAACGAUAAUCCAUUGAUGAUGGGUCUUAUUUGGUUUGAUUCGUCAAGCGUUGAAGGCCUCAAUCAGUUGAGACACCAGGUUGACAUUGGUGACAAACUCGACAAGUACGGUUAUGAAAUGUACGAUCCAAGAUUGGGAGGCAGAGAAGUCAUAAUUGACAGUGCUAACAACUUAAACUUAACGAUACAUUUUGUGAAGAGUAGAAAUGGUGAAAAUUGGGCCACAAGAGUGUCGGGGUGUCCGCUGGAUACGUCAAAGGGCAAAGUUUCGUCGGUUGUCAUGUACUUCAAUCAAAAUGGCGGGCAGGGCACUCUCAAAUCAGACUUGACCAAACGCCAAGAUAAGCAUCACACAAACCUGGUGGGAUUUUCUCCGGAACUCGGAAAUUACGAUCUCUCUAUAAGCGACAUUACUGGAAACUACUACAGCAGAGGUCCCGCUUUAGGAAAGGACGCUGACAGCUCUAAAACUUCUCAUAUGUCUUUCAAUGUUCCCGAUGACCAAGUAUGGAAAGCCCGUGAUAUCUUCCAGAGUAUGUUAGGAGAGUCGGUUCAGGAACUGUUGGCAACUGGCAACAAAAUGCAUCCAUUGUCCCUGCCUUCCGCUUUGAUUGUUAGAAACAUCAACAACUUUCCUUCAGGAAACUUCCAUUUUAUACAGAAAACCUUUGAUCUAGACCAGCCUUUCGAGUUCGACAUCAUCUACAACAAAAAGGGCUCCAAGCAACGCAUCACCUCGGGAAAUGAAUUGACAGCUUUAAUCUCUUGGACAAUGGCUGAGCUCGACGCGCGUUUCAACAAGAAAUUUUCUAUCGAAGACCCAAACUUGAAGCAGUUCGCUCAAGAGACCUUAGCCAAUUUGAUGGGUGGUAUUGGGUAUUUUUACGGUACUCAAAUGGUCGAUCGUGAAACUCAGCUAGACGAGGAGCAGUUCGACAAGAUUGAGCUUAAAAGGGCUAAAGAGGAAGGACCAUUACAGCUUUUUAGCUCUGUCCCUAGCCGAGCAUUUUUUCCUCGCGGUUUUUACUGGGACGAGGGAUUCCAUUUGAUCCAGAUGAUGGAAUACGACUGCGACCUUGUCUUAGAUAUUUUACAGAGCUGGUUUGAUCUUAUUGAGGACGAUAGCGGUUGGAUAGCCCGAGAGCUUAUAUUGGGCAGUGAAGCUCGUAGUAAGGUUCCACAGGAGUUCCAGAUUCAAAGUCCAAACAUAGCAAAUCCACCUACAUUGUUACUAUGCUUCAGUGAAUUAUUAAGCCGAGUUUUGAAACACCAGGAAUUGUCCCUCGAAUCUAUAGACGAUGAUUCUUUAGCAAGCGGUUUGCAAACAGAUCAACUGUUAAAGCGUCCUGAAGUGCUCACCUCAUUUGCAAAGAAAGUGUAUCCAAAACUUGCAAAGCACCAUCAAUGGUGGACAGAAAGUCAAAAGGGCUUCACCGAAGAGUAUAUGGAAGCUUUAGGUGACAACGUCCACCCCGACGAAGCGUUUAGAUGGGCCGGAAGGACGUUUACGCAUUGUUUGCCCAGUGGGCUUGAUGACUACCCUCGCAGUCAACCUCCGGACGAGGCGGAACUUCAUCUGGAUGCUUUAGCAUGGGCUGGGGUCAUGACGAGGUCAAUGAAACAGAUUUCUGAAAUUUUGGAGAUGCCGGAUGAAAUUGAGAGGUUUGCCCGUAUUGAACAGAACAUCCUUGAGAACAUGAACACAAUACACUGGAGUGAACAGGAUCAUUGCUACUACGACGUUACCAUUGAUGAUGAUAGUGAUGAGCUACGCCGCUUUGUAAGACAUGAGGGGUAUGUCUCGCUGAUGCCGUUUGCUUUGAAGCUUGAACCCAGAAGUUCUGACAAGUUACGCUGGUUCGUGGAAUUAAUGGGAGACAAGAACAAAUUAUUUGGCGACUACGGUAUUCUAUCGUUAUCAAGAAUGGAUGAAUACUUCGAAACUGGUGAGGUUUAUUGGAGAGGCCCUGUGUGGAUAAACAUGAAUUAUUUGUUUUUGGACAGCUUAGCUUAUUACUUCGAGGAUGGCGGUGAUAAUCAAGAUGCCAAGACGGUCGAAAACGCAAGAGAACUCUACAGUAGUCUCAAACGCAACUUGAUUUCCAAUAUGCAUCGCGUAUGGUCCCAAGACGGUUACGUAUACGAAAAUUACAAUCAUAACACCGGAGGCGGUAAUGGGGUUCAGCAUUUUACCGGAUGGAGUUCUCUGAUUGUCAACAUCAUGGGCCGUUUGCCAGAAAGCCUGUAG